AUGGAAAUCAUUGAGGAAGCCAUUUCAAGGGCCGUCAGAUAUCGCAAAUUCAAUUCUCUCAUUACCGAAACAUUCGAAUUGGCUCGUGCUCAAGCAAGAGAAGCUCUGCGGCUCGGUAAAACGCCAUUUCCUGUGGUUGUCAAGGACUGCUACAUGACAAAGAAGGUCCGGACAACUUGUGCAUCUCGAAAUCUAUCAAGCUACACUGCACCAUACACAGCCACCAUCGUCGACAGAUUAUUUUUGAAAGUUUGGCGACUUCCAGGUGGUUGUUUGAUUGGAAAAGCAAACAUGGAUGAGUUUUGUAUGGGAACGUCCAGUUCAAAAGGCUACUUUGGCCCUGUAAAGAAUGGAUUAAGCAACGAACAGUGUCUGGAAUCGGACUGGCGCAGUCCCGGUGGUUCUUCUGGAGGAUGUGCAGUGGCUGUGCAGCUCGGCAUUUCAUCUAUAAGUCUGGGUUCGGAUACCGGUGGCUCGUCGCGGAACCCAGCGGCAUUUACUGGCAUUUUUGGUUUCAAACCGUCAUACGGCAUUCUGUCAAGACAUGGGCUAAUCCCUUUGGUCAAUUCACUGGACACCCCGUCAAUACUCGCCCGAACCGCUGAGGAUUGCAACACCGUGCUUCAAGUGAUGAGUGGUCGCGACCCUCUCGACUCGACCUGCAUCAACGCGCCGUUGUCUUGUUUCAUGCAGCACAGGCCAUUAGACGGAAUUGUCGAGUAUUACAAUGACACUCUGUCGCACGAUUGUUGGGAUGCGUGGAAUGAAGCAGCAAAAGUGCUGGUCGCACAAGGUUGUAAGCUGAGAGAAGUGAGUAUGCCGUGGACGAGCUACUCCAUAAUUUGUUAUCAUGUACUGGCCGAAGCCGAUAUCACUUCUAAUAUGGCAAGGUUUGACGGAGUGAAAUAUGGGCAUCGAUCGGACUGUGGCAAAUCAACAUUUGCCAUGUAUUCGGCCACACGAAGUGAGUCACUAAACGAGGUCGUGCGGAGAAGGAUAUUCGCCGGCAAUUAUUUUCUAAUGAAACGGCACUGCGACGAGUACUUUGGGCAAGCUCUUCGCCUACGACGUUUAAUCAAGACGGAUUUUGAUCGUGCUUUCCGGGAAUUAAAAUGCGACGUCCUGUUAACACCGGUAACCAGUGAUGUGGCGCCUCUCUUCUCAGAGCUCAGUGAUAGCAGUGGCUAUGUGCGGGAACGUGCCGAUGACUUUUACACGCAGCCAAGCAAUAUGGCCGGUGUGCCUGCAGUUUCGGUGCCCUUCACGCGAGCAGCGCAGCGGAAGGACUUGCCGCUGGCAGUGCAAAUUAUCGCUGAUUACAUGAAUGAUGGCCUGGUACUAGACGUUGCUGCAAAGCUUCGUGAACACUGUAUGCUUGCCACCGGUUAG